GCGCCGCGGGGCCUGUCCCUGCGAGAGCCCAGACCUCCUUGGGCAGCCGCGGCCGUGCUGGUGGAGUUUGGCAGCGUGUGGGGGUCUGGAGUAGCCAUGGCGCCCCGCCUCGUGGUGACCUGCCGGCACGUGGCCCCUCGGGAGGCGGCCAAGGUCCUGGUGCACAGCGCCACCCCCAAGAGUGUGGCGAUUUGGGGAUGUGUGGUGUUUGCCACACAGGAAACUUCUCCCUACGACAUAGCGGUGUUGAGUCUGGAGGAGGACCUAGAUGGUGUCCCCACGCCCGUGCUUGCUGAGCAUUUCCAUGAAGGUACUGCUGUCAGUGUGGUUGGCUUCGGCGUCUUUGGCCAGGCCUGUGGGCCCUCCGUGACCUCGGGCAUCCUGUCAGCGGUGGUGCAGGUAGACAACACACCUGUGAUGCUGCAGACCACGUGUGCUGUUCAUGGUGGCUCCAGUGGGGGACCCCUCUUCUCCACCCCUUCCGGGGACCUCCUGGGCAUUGUCGCCAGCAACACACGGGACAAUAACACAGGGGCCACUUACCCGCACCUGAACUUCAGCAUCCCCAUCACGGUGCUCCAGCCGGCCCUGCAGCAGUAUCGCCAGACUGGUGACCUGGGUGGCCUCCGAGAGCUGGACCGUGCUGCCGAGCCGGUCAGGGUGGUGUGGCGGCUGCAGCGGCCCCUUCCCGUGAUCCCAAGGAGCAAGCUCUGAGGCUGUGUCACCCUUUGGGGACAAGAGGGACCACUUCAUACAAUAGGAAGUGAUGAAGUGGUGGCGGCCUUAGGAUCCACGGCCUGCUCCUGACCAUCACGUCCCAGCAGGGCCUCCUUGUUUGCACCUACUGCCCACAGUGUGGGCUCUGGGCCCCAGGACAGACGUCUCUCCAGCCCCAGGGGUCCUCAACUUGGCAACCCAAUUUGGCGUGCUUCUUUGAGCCAGUACUUCUCUCUGUCCCUGGUACUAGACUCAGCCAUGUUAUUUUCCUUCUGGGGACCCAAGUGCAGUGGCACAGAGCACUGGUUCUGGUCGGCAGAUGCUGCUCUGUUCCCCCAGUGGCCACUGGCCAUGUCUGCCUCUGUCACAUGGGCUGGCAGCCUGGGGUUUUGUGCAGGGUACCUCAGUGCAGGCCCCUGCUCUGCCACACGCCCCAGGCAGGCUGGUUCCCAAGAGCUGGGGCACUAGGCCUUCACUCUGACACCAUGCCUUCAUUGGCCAGCCCCAGGCCUACGUCUCAGGGAUAGAGGGGUUAGAAUGUGUGGUUACAGCUUGAAAAGAAACAUAAGCUAUUUUGGGAGGCUGAGCCGGAGGAUCCUGUGAGUUCGAGACCAGCCUGGGCUA